UCACAGCCAUCAAAAGUAAUUUCAAAAAAUAUUUUAUUUUUCAUUUAAAUUAAAAAGAAAAAAAAAAAAACAAUUUACUGAAAUUUGAUGAAGACAUUCUCGAGUUAAUAAAUUUAAAAAAACAAAAAAGUAAUUUUCAAGAAAAUCUUGUUUUGCAAUUAAAAUAUGUCUGACCAAGAAAACCAUUUGUACUUUGAGUGAUGAGGUCGUUUCGAGAUAGGACGGAAGUUGGAACAAUGAGACUGAUGGAGACAAACAAUUUGAAAAAUAAAUAUAAAAAUAAAAAUCAUUGUACAGAUGAGUGAAUGUUAAAGAAAAUAAAUUGUAAAUGAGAUAGAUGAGUUGUACAUCUUUGUAUGCACUGACAGUGCCAAUACCGUUGUUUUCAAUUCGAGGAAGAAGUGAAAGAAUUUAACUGCUCGACGAACCACGAGUACUCAAAUUAUUUUCCGCAUUAAAAUUUUUAGAUGUUAUAUUUUAUUUUUAUAACAUGCUCUUAAUUCAUUUGAUGAAUAUUAAUUUCUUAUUUUCUUUUUUACUUUGAAUUAUCAUUACUAAUCACUAGGCAAAUAAAAGAAAUUAAAAUAAAUAAUUUUUCAUUAUUAUUUCUAAUUUUCAGUGAUUAGAUGAUCCGCAUCUAAUUGUGUAGAUUUUUUUUUUGCAAAAUGUCAAUAAGCGGAUACAAAAUUUAAAGCAAUAGUUGGUAAUUUUUAUCAAUUUAAUUCUGAUGUAAAAUAUUAUUUGACAUGAAUUUUAAAAUACUUUUAUUAAAAAUGAUAUUUUAUUUAAAAUAUUAUCCUCAAUUUAUAUUCAUUUUUAAAACAAUGUCAAACUAAUUUUUUUGCAAUAAAAUAAAACUUUCAUUUUUUUUUUUUUACUUGUAUUUUUGCAUAAUAAUAUACAUUCGAAAAAAUAAAAUAAAAAAAUACUACAAUAGCUCUAUAUACAAAAAUAGUAUUUUAAAUUUUAAAAAAUACUUUUUUUUGUAAACGAUAAAAAAAUGUAAAUUAACAGACAUCUAAGCAUACUAAUUUAUAAAUAUUUUAUGAUAUAUAUUUUUUUGUUAUUGUCUUUGUUUUAAAAUUAUUAAAAAAAAAAAAAAAACAAAUUUAUACGUGAGUGGGUCACACGUGACAAAAUCUCAAAAGAUCUAAUUUCCCCAAACAAUUCGCAGCAUAUAAAAAAAUAAUUUGAUGUUCUAAGCUCGCAAUUACAACGGUUAAAAAACAAGUUUUAUUAUUUCUAUUUUUAUAAUUCACAAUGUGACUCAAGUAUAUACUCUUUGUAAUAUUUAACUGAACGAACAUUGUCAACUUGGUACUCAUCUUCAAGUAAAAAAAAGAAAAAGUUAAUGUUUUUUUUUUCAUCACACACAAAAGAAUCCAUGAAUGCAAAAUAGUAUAAUAAUAAAAAAUUAUAGACCAACUUUUCUAAAUGUGUUUAGUACAAAAUGUUUCUUGCAUGUUUUAAAAAAUAAAAAAAAAAAACAAAGUAACCCAAUGAAAGAAAAAAAAAAAAGUAAAAUUGCUACAAGCUAGAAAAUAAAUAAAUACUUGAAAUUAUUAAUAAAAAAAAAACAAAAAGAAAAGUUGGAAAAAUGAAUGAAUAAAUUAUAAAUAAAUAAAUAAAUAAAUGAAUACAGAAGGUCUUAUGGUACAGCUGAUUUUCAAUUUAUUUAUUUAACAACAAACACAAAGCUAAAAAAUUCUAAAAAUUCGAGAAUAUAUAGUAAAAAAACCCCCUCAAUAUUAUCCGUAUUACGAAUCUUGAAUAUCGAGUUUGAAAAAUACUGUGAUAGCUAUGGAAGCCGAAUAAAUAAAUGCAAAUAUCCAUACAAUGCAAGUAAACUUUUUUCCUUCGCUUGUUGCAAUCCUCAAUGCAAAUAUGUAUUUAUUAUUAUAAUAAAUAAAAAAAGUAACAGCUGGCAGGUACCAGCAUCAAUAUAAACCGUUAUAACACAAGCCUACUGCUUCACUCAAUUUUAUUUAUAUAUUUAUCAAUUUAUCAUUAAUCAAUAACAAAAAAAUUACUGUUUAUUAUGAAUUAAAAUUUCACAGCUUUUUUAUCUUUUAAAUUAAUUUUAUUUACUCAUUGCAUAACGAUAAAAUUAAUUUAAAAAUCAUAUGAUUAUUGUUAUCUCAAAUGAAAAUGAAAAAAAUAAUUUUUCUAUCAUUCAAUGCUUAUAGAUAAUUUUUUUUUCUUUUUAGAAUAUAUAUAGAUGUCUUUGAUAAUAUUUAUAUUCAAUUUGAUAUAUAAAUUUUAAUUAUAAAAAUAAUUAAUUUAGAGUGAAUGUAUAAUUUUAUUUCGCUCGUGCCAAUGUCUUUUAUUUUUGAAUAAUAUUUUAUUCACCCCAAUUUUUUUCCUCUCUCUUUUAUUUAAAUUAUAAUAUUGUAUUUAUUCCUUCUAUCUCUCCCUCUUUUUAUUCACCUCUUUUACCCCAAACCCCCUCCAUCAUAUUGUAAUUCUCCAACAACAUAUACUAUUUUAUAUUUUGCUUGUCAAAAGAGAAUCCGGUCUCGCGGCACACGACAGUCGAUCUACAACCGUGAUCUACAAACUACUGUACUUUCAUUAACCCUUUUUUUUUUUUCAAAUUCCCAGUUGAAAAUUUAUUAUUAUCGAAAGACAAUUGGACGAUAAAUUUUUAUAUAUAUUGUGAUUGAUUUUGUGUAAGAUAGUGAAAUAGAAAAAGAAAAAAAAAAAUUAGAAAAUUAUUUAUUUAAUUAUUGUUUUGAAUUGUUGAGAUGAAGAUGAGUUAUUUUUUUUUUUUCAUCCUAAAAAUAAUUAGAGCAAAACAAUUGUUUAGUUUGAGUGAUUGAAAAUUUGCUAGCUUGACACUUCCUCUUUUUAUAUUUUAUUUAACUUUGUUAUUUUAUUUAACUGCGAAAAAAAAAAGAAAAAUCAAUUGUCGCGGUUAAUAAACAAUUGUAUCGUUAAAAGUUUAUUGUUUAAUUUUUUUUUUUUGUUUCAUUAUUGGAUCAAUGAAACUCGUAUUGAUCUCGAUAUUUUAUUUUUCUUUGUUUAACUCUUUUUUUUUAAUUCUCAUUCUUAUAACUUGUUUGCAAUUUUUUUUUUUGUUUGUUUUAUCGUUUCCUUUAUUGAUACGGACUGUUAAUCCUGAGUGUAUAAUAUCGAUUAGAUAACAAGUGAUAUAAAUCAAUAGAUGAUUAAUAAAUGAAAUGAAAAAAAAAACGAUUUUUAUUUGCUAAUUUUUUUUGUUGUUAAUUUUUUUAUAUUGUUUUUUUUUUUUUUUUAUUAUGAGUUUUUGUGUUGACUCAAAACUUUCCUUAUAAGUUGUUGAAGAUUAAGUUGCCGUUAAUGUUUUUACUGUGGGCGAAACAUAAACUCUUGUUUGGAGAAAUCAAAAAACAAUAAAAAAAUUUUUUUUUUUUUUUUCAAAACGAUAUAUAUAUUAUAAUAUUAGGUUUCCUUGGGGCAUAUUUAACGUGUGACGAGUUUUGUUUUUUAAAAAAUUAUUAUCUCUCAAGUUACUGUAAUUUUUCUCUAUAUACUUUGAAAAUAUAUUUAUAAAAUAUUUUAGCUAGAAAGAUUAGUGGAAAAUAAAAUAAAAUAAUAUCAUUUCCCCGGUACAAUUAUUACGCAGUGAUAAACAAUAUAAUUUGUUUUUGUUUUAUUUUUAUAAUUGUACAUAACAAUACCGCGGAAAUGCAUGGGGCAUCAUUGACAUGGAAAAUAUUUCUUUUAUAUAAAUUUUUAUAAUAUACACAAUAAACAAAUCUAACAAAUUUUUUUAAUUUUAAUUUUCAUAUCAUCAUCAAACGUAUAUUAAAUUGCUAAAGAAUUUUUAAAUAAUUCUUUCGUUUAAAAUUCAUCCCACAUAUUGCCAAAAUAAAAAUUUAUAAAUUUCCAAUUCAAAUAUAUUCCUUUCAUUCUUUAAAUUUAUUUUAGUAUUUAUACUUUUUAACAUAUAGAAAAUAAAAAAAAUGAAUUAAAAAAAACUUGUAUCGGUGGAAAGUACGUGCCAUCUACUUUCCAAUCGAAUCACAUUUCAUUGUGCUCUAUUAAAUGCAUUUUAAAAAUAUUUAUCAUCAAUUACACAUAAAAAAAAAAAACAAAUCAAAUGAAAAAAAAAAAAAAAUAUAUUUAUAAUUAUUAAAAAUAAUAUAGACAAAUAUUAAUUGAAAUAAAAUUUAAAAAAAAGUGAAUGUUGAUUGAUUAAAUGUAGUCACUCAAACGUGAAUAACAAAUACGUUUUUUUUUUUUUUUUAUAUAAAAAAUUAUUCGUGAGACAAAAGUCCUUCUGUACUUUCACGGGUGACAUGUUCACAUGGUGGUUCACCUCCUUCAUAAGUUGACCACUCUAACACGUAACUGCCUCAUAACACGCUAUUCUAUAAUUUUAUUUUUCAUUUCAUGCAAUUUAUUCGUUUCGUUUUUUAUUAAAUUCAUUUUUACUUUAUCAUCCCCUAAACUAAAUUAUUUUGUUUAAUCAAUAUUAUGUACUAAAACAAUACGUUAAAUAAUAUUAUUCCUUAAAAAUAUAUUUAAAAUUAUUUUCUCAUUUAUUUAUGUAAUUUAAAAAUUCAUAAAUAUUAUUACCAAGAUUUUCUGAUAACUCGUUUAUAUUUAUUUGAUUAUAAAUAAAUAAUUUAAUAUAUUUUUUAAUAUUUUGCGGUAAAAUUAAAAAUAUUAAAUACCUUUCUCUUAUAAACAUACGCAAUAGUAUCAUAUUAUUUAGCAAUUUCCGUUGACCUGAGUGCAUUUGUAUAUUAUCUGUUCCAAGGCAGUAAAAUAACCACACAGCAAAAUGUCAGAUGCCAGUCAAAAAAUACAUCCAUCAUAAAAAACUUUCAUUUUUUUUUUUUAAAUUAAUUAAUUUUUCAUUUCGUUCAUUAGGAAAGACAAUGUAAAAAUUAAAAAAAAAAAAAAAAAAUACAAUUAAUAAAAUAAUUAAUUUUUUUUAUCAAGCUUUAAAUUAAUUUAUGUGUCAUAAAAAUUUUUAUAUAAUAUAAAUUAUGAUUACUUUUUUUGUAUAUUGAAAGUCAGUAGGGAGUAUGAUUCAAACACGUUCAUGGUUACGAAUUGCUUUACGCUUGUCGAGCACAAAUAUAUAUUCAAUCGCUGCAUGUUAUCAAAAACUGUAUUUAAAAUUAGCGUAAAAUAAAAAAUAAAAUUAUAAAAAAAUAAUAUAUAAUAAUUUAAAAUACAGUCGUAUUGAAUGUUGAUGAUUUUUCAUAAUCAAUUUUCAUAUUUUUUUCUAUAAAAUAUAUAUAGAUAUUUAGUUUUUUUAUUUUUCAUAUGAUUUUCCGUUAAAUAAAAAGUCAAGGAUUUUCCCAAGCUAUGGUGAAUUGCGGUCGUAUUUAUUGCGGUAUAUACCUGCUGCCUCACCUCUCGCGGUAAAUGUUACCGAAGGAGGCGAAAGGCUGAAGGUGGAUAUAUCGAGUUCAUCGUGGGCGCAAACGUGGGUCGCACUUGGUGGCCCCAAAUUCAUUGCCCCUCAUCAUAUACAUAUAUUUUUUUUUUUAUUAGCAUCAUCAAAACAACAAUAAAUUAAUUUGCCAAUACACAAUUAUAUUGCUCGCAUCUUCAUAGAAAUAAAAAUCCCCGCAUUUCAUUCUCAACAAAAAUCAAACAAUAAUAAAAUAUAUAUUUUUUUUAUUCUUCUAAAUUAAAUCAGCUGCAUUUACAAGUUUUUUUUUUUUUUUUAAUUAAAAAAUGAGUGAUUUAUUUUUUUAGGUCAUAAUUAAAGUCAAUUUUUAGAAAUUUUAUUUCACAUAAAUAAAAAAAAAAUACAAAGAAAAUUAUAAUACUUGAACAUUUGAAUUCUAAAAAAAAAAAAAAAAAAUUAAAUCAAAAUAUAGACUAGUGAAUUGUUGAAGUGUGGUUAAUGUUUAUCUAGCUUAUAGAAGUGAAUUUCCGUGUUUUAAUUUCAAAGAAAACGGGCGUGCGAAAUCGGUCGACUACUUAUUCUAUAUAAUAUUUAUUUAUGUUAUGUGUAUACAAACAAGUGGUUGUUGUUGUAAAUACGCAUUAAAAAAAUAAUAAAUAAAUAAAUAAAUAUUAAAGAAAGAUGUUAAAUGCAUUUUUUAAAUAUGAAAAUGAAUGAGCGUUGAAAGCAAUAAGGUGUGUCUUAUCUUUCAUGUUAAUGUUGAGGUUGAAGGUCGCGUGGGAAGCAGCAUCAGCAUCAUCAUGAUGCUUAGAAUAAUAUCGUGAUAAAACGAGGACAAAACGCGAAAUCCUGGGAAUAUUUGUGUCAUCUUAAUGCUGUUUUAAUUAGUCUACUUGAUUAUCUACUUGUUCAUUAACUUAAAACCUACUGUAAACUUGCAUUUUUAUUUUCAUUGAUUUAAUCAAAUUAAUCAAGUGAAAGUUAUAUUUAAAAAAAAAAAAUAAAAAUGGUCAUGUCAAGAGACACAACAAUAUCCACGAAUAUUCGUGCAAUUAUUGAACAAUUAAAUUUUAAUCCAGUCGAACGACGACGUAGAUUAAUUGAUCGUAAUAAUGAAACAACAAAAAUUCGACCAGUCAGUUUACCAGCUAAAAUAACAAUUGGAGUUUAUGGAUGUCGUGAUAAUAAUGUUGAUUUAAAAUCAACAAUAAUACGUAAUAAUAAUAAUGAUGUUAAAAAAAUGAAAAAUAUUAAUAUUAUUGAAUUUAAAAAUGAUGAUUUUAAUAAUACAAAUUUAAUAUUUUCUAAUAAUAAUAAUAUUAAAGAUGAUAAUAAUAUUAUUGAUAAAGAAAAAAGAAAUUUUAAUAAUAGAAUUAUUAGUAAUGGGGGUAAAGUUACUAUUGGAAUUUGGGGAAUGAAUAAUAAUAGUAAUAGUAAUAGUAAUAAUAAAGAUGAAAAAAUUAUGAUGGAAAAACAUAGUGAUGGAUUUUUUGGAUCCAGACUGAAGAAAGCUGAGAUGAGACAAAGAAAACCAAUUGAUAAAAUUCAUGUAGUUGAGGUAACGAGGGUAUCAGAAGGAGUUGAAGAAAAUAAUAGCCACAAAUUAAAAGGAGAAUUACCGGAAUUGGAGAGUGCAAGUCUGAGUCACAAUGCAGCCCACCAUCGUAUAUCAGUACGUCCAAAGAAUCGUCGCCCACCAAAAAGAACAGCUAUCACAAAUAACAUAUCAUUAUCAACAACAAUAUCAGAGACAUCUGAAGUAUCUGAUAGUCUUGAUUUAUUUACACCAAUUGGUGGAAGUUCACCAAUUGAUAUUAAAGCACCAACAAUACUUCGUAAAUCAUCAAGUAAUGAAUCGAAAAAAUCAGAUAGAAAUUCCGAUAUUUAUGAUGAGCUAGAAACAAAAUUAUUAUCAAAAAAACAAACAAGUAUUGUAUCAUUAUCACCAGAUAGUUUAGAUUCUGGUAUUGCUAAAACAAUGAUUGACAGUUCUGAGCUUGAUGAUAGCUGUGAAAUAAAACCAGUAUCACGUAAACAAUCAAAUAGAAUAUCAAAAGGUUCAGAUAUAUUUGAUGAAUUAGAAUCAAAAUUGCCAAAAAAAAGAUUAUCAAGUUCAAGAUUAUCAUCAAAAUCACCGGAUAGUCUUGAAAGUUCAUAUUCAAAAUCAAUUGAUGCUUUUGAUAAAUAUUUUGAUCAAGAUAAUAAAAUAACAUCAGGUAAUAAAUCACCAGUAAGAGUAUUACAAACAUCAAUGUCAAUGUCAACAUCAACUGAUGCAUUUGAUACACUAACUAAAGCUAUUGAUGUAAAAUCAAUGCCAAGAAAAUUAUCAAAUACUGUAUCAAAAUCAACUGAUAAUUUUGAUAAAUCAAAUGAAUCUACUGAUGAAACACAAAGUAAUGUUGGACGUAAAUUAUUAUUACCAAUGACAAAAUCAUCAGCAGAUCAUGUUGUAUCAAAAUCAAUAGACAGUUUGGAGAUACUUGAAAAAUUAAUGAAUGAUAAUUCAAUUGAACGAAGAAGAUCAAGUUUUGAUAUACAUACUAAACGUGGAAGACAAGCAAUAUCAAUGUCAUCAGAAAAUUUUGAAAUAUUAAAUGAGGGCUCAUUGUAUAUUCAAAAACACAGUAGUGCAUCAGAUGUUAAUUUAUCAAGAGGCAAACGACAUAAGAUAAUAUCAAAAUCAAUUGACAGUCUUGAAGUUGUUGAUACAAUUAAUAAAAAAAAUAAUAAAAAUUGUAUUAAUAUGGAUAUUGAUAAAUCAAAUUGGCGUUUAUCAUCAAAAAAUAUUGUUUCAUCAUCAGAUAGCUCUGAUAAUAUUGAACAAGAUGAUAAAAUUGAUAAUGAAAAAAUUCGUAAACCUCCAAAGAGAAUACCAAGUUCUAGUCGUACUGAUAUUUAUUCAAUAAAUAAUAAUUAUCAUGAUAAUGACAAAAAACCAACACUCAUGAGAAAACCAUCACGUUUACAAAAAAAAUCAGAAAGUUCAGAGCUUGGUAGUACUGAUACAUUAAAUUCUGAUAAAAAAAAUAAAUCAUUUGACAGUACAGAGACUCUUGACAGUUUGGAAAAAGAUUUGGAUCAAGAAAAAAUGAUGGAUAAUCAUGUGAUAACAUAUGAUGAUGAUGAUGACCAGAAUAAUAUUGAAAAACUUGAUAAUAAAAAUGAAUCUUGGAUAAAUUCAAAUGAUCCUGAAUCACCAAAUGCAAAUGGAAAUCAUGAUAAACCAUAUUGGCGACAAAAUUCUGAGACAAAAGAAAAUAUUGAUAUUCAUCAAUUAUUUGCAAUAACAUCAAUUGUCAAUGGCAAUAAUCAACGUAACAAUUCAAUUCAAUAUAGUGGUAAAAAAUCACCACCAACAUCACCAGUUACUAAACAAGAUGACAAUAAAAUAUUAUAUAACAGUUUAAUUGUCAAUCAAAAUGAUGAUGAUUUACAAAAUAUUUUAAAUGGUAAUAUAUCUGAAGUUUUAACAACAACAAAAAGUUUUAAAGAAAAAUUAAAAAUGUUUGAGCGGCUUGGCAAGUAAAUUAUUGUACAUCAAAAAAAAUUAAACUUUAAAGCUUUAAAAAUUGCAAAACUCAAAAAAUAUAUUAAAUAAAAAUUCAACACUAAGCUUAAAUUAAUAAACAAAUAAAAAACCAAUAAUAAAAAUUAAAAUUAAAAAUUAAAAGAGAUAAAAAAAGAAAUAAAAAAUUACGUUAUUGUAAAAUAUAAAAAUUGAAAUAAAUAAAAGUUAUAAUUAAUGUGCUGAGCAUGUUAAUAAAAAACUUGUAAAUAUUUACUUAUUUAGUUAUCAUUUAAAUAAUUGUUAUAACAACGAUAAUAUUUAUCAAUCUGAAUAAUACUUCAGUUUAUUAUUUGUUUUUUUACAAAGUUUAAAAAAAGAAAAACCAACUAAAAUUUACGAGUUAUAUUUUAUUUGUGAAUCAUUUAAUAUUUAAGUGCCUGUCAUUUUAAUAAUUAUGUUUCUUUAUUGCCUAAAAAAAAAAAAAUCUACAAGCUUUUAUUGUAAAUGAAAAAUAAAUAAAUAUAUUAAAAUAUAUAAUAUCAUUUUGAAAAUACUCUGAAUAAUAAAUUAGUCAACAAUAUUAUGUUUAUCAAUAAAUAAAAAAACUGUAAAUAAUUGUAACGAAAUUCAUCAGCAAAAAUUGAGAUUAAUGCAUGAAUUUCGCUAAUUUGUUCCAAAUAAAUAAAUAUUAAUUGCUAAUAUUUAAAUAAAAAUAUAAUUGUGUUUAUAAAAAAAAAAAAUACUACACUCAAUAGUUACCUUUUUACUUGACCAAAUAUAAUUUGGUUAAUUUACAUUUAUUUUUUAACAUUUUAAUAAAAUAAUUGAUGAUUUGAAUGAUUUUUUUUUCGUGCCUUAUGGGUCUAAAAAAUAUAGACUGAUUAUUUUUUCAUUUGGCUUUUGAAUUAUUUAUUGAAAAAAUCAAAUGAAAAAAAAAAGUAAAAAAUGUUUAUAAAAUGUAAAUAAAGUCGUCAUUAAAAAAUAUAUAAACGAAAAAUUUGAUAAAGGUUUAUAAUAUUUUAUUUAUUUAAUAUUUGUUGGUGUAAUAUUGAAUGACAUCAAUUGGCCUUUAAAAAAAUUAC